GAUCUGAGAGUCACUUCCGUUCCGAGUUUGUUCUGAGAACGCGGGAUAGUUUCCUUCUGACGGCUGAUAUUUAAAAGAAGGAACGAAGUUUCGUUUUCAAGAACAGCAGGAGUUCAAGCUGACCGUAAGCGAAUUACGUUUUGUGUAAUGUAAUGUAAUGUGCAGCUAUUAUUACGAUAGUAUGCUGUAAUUAAACCACUUCCUUCUCAUAGACAGUAGUGUUUAGGAUCAGCUCUCUUUCCUUUAGCGCAGAUUCAGCAUGUCGGCCCAAAAUGCAAUAAGGACCAAUAAAACAGCCAUUCAUGAGAUUCUGUCCGGAGACUACGGGCUAAUUCUCAACAAAGUGCAUCAGAAUAAGCUGAUCACUCAGCGGGAGUACAACAAUCUUAAAAGCAUCAACAACGCAAAUGUGGAGGCACACGUCACUGAGCUCGUGGAUAAGAUCAUGAAUAAAGGAGAAGAUAAAUGCAAAGACUUCCUGAACCUCCUGCAAACCGAUGGCGCCAUUAAAGAAACUUUCCCUCAGCUGGCGAGUUUACAGCUGACUUACAGACCCCUUUUAUCUGAGCCUGUCCAAGUGUCUUCAUGUCAGCAUGAUGGGAAUAUGUCAAAGGAGGUUUAUCAAAUCAACAACCGGCCCGUCGGCCUCUGUGUGAUCAUAAACAAUGAGAACUUCUUGGAUGGUUCACAGAGAAGAGGAACAGAUAAAGAUGCCCAAAGCUUGGCAGAGGUGUUCAGCUGGCUGGGCUUCAGAGUGCUGAUGUGUAAAGACCUGACCAAGGAUCAGAUGGAUCAGGCACUGACGUGUGUCGCUUCCUUGGCAGACAUGUCUCAGCUGCAGAAGUUCAAACUUAAAGAGUGGGAUGGCAGCAGCUUUGUUGAUCCUCAGCAGGUUCUUGAGCACGGUGAUGCUUUCAUCUGCUCUAUUCUGAGUCACGGAAAAAAGGGUGUAGUUUUGGGAGCUGACAGGAACCCCCUCUCCAUUAAAGAAAUUACCAGAAAGUUCAGGGGGUGUGACCAGUCAGUCCUCACCAGCAAGCCCAAAGUGUUCCUGAUCCAGGCCUGCCAAGGAGGUAAGAUACAGUGUGGAGUGCAGUUGAACGAUAUGGAGACUGAUGAUGAUACUUCACCAUUGACGAUCCCCGAGGAAGCUGAUGUUCUGGUUGCCAUGGCCACUGUUGAAGAUCAUGCUGCACUUAGACAUAUAUUCGAUGGAAGCUGGUUCGUUCAGUCUCUUUGUGAGCAGCUGAAGGAGCGCUGUCCCAGAGGCGAGGACAUCGUCUCCAUCCUCCACUAUGUGAACGAUGAUGUAGCACAUAGAGAGACCUCCUCGUUGGCCAAGCAGAUGCCUGAAGUGAGAUUCACCCUGAGAAAGAAACUUGUGCUGCCACCUCAGCACAGCUGAAGUCAUCAUGGAAAUACAGCACACCUUACUGUGUAACUAGGGAUGUAACUCAGAGUUACUUAUUAUCUUUCUUAAAAUGUUUCCUUUAUAUUUUCCCGCUUGCUUUCGUCAUUUUAAAUCUUUUAUUUUUCUAAAUCUUAAUCUCGCAUUGAGGUGUUGCAUUUUAUACUGUAACAGUUUUAUAUUAAAGAAUAAAUCUCAGACUGUGAACACAACUGGUGAGAAAAACA